AUGGAGGGCUUUGAUCCCAUCUCCGUGUCCUACUUGGCGGGCCCAAUGUCACUCCACUCCGUAACCGCACCUGACCCUCAGCUGGCCGUCCCCAUGAUGCAGAUGGACCAGUUCGACCAGCGCUCCAACUACGACGCAGAAACCUUCGUCGGUAGCGAAGAUGCUACAUUCGGACAGCACCCAAUCCACCACCCGCCUCUCAAACGCUUCCCUUCCACCUACGAGGAUCCCUUCUCCGACGUCUUCGGCGGUUACGACCCGUCUAUCCACCCCGAGCAGAAUGGCGCUGCGCCCGAGAGCCCCAACAUUGAGCGCGACAACAAGCUGCUCAGUUUCUCUCUGCCCAAUGUCCCGUAUGCGCUCCUCGAUUAUGCCAUGCGCCGCGUCUCCAUCUCCAUGUCCGCCCAGCUGCACGGCAUGUUCUUCCUCGCCGAGUCGCCAUGGGCCACCUCGGGCGAUGUCGCGGCUCCUCCUACCGAGUUGACCUGCUAUCGCCGGAACCUCUUCCAGAUCACUGGCACCAUCACCAUGCCCAGGCAUCUUCAGUCCAUCCUGACCGAGACGGGUGACCAGAUCCCCAUCUUAGGCUACGAGCUCACGAUAUCGGCCACGGAGUCGCUAGAGGGCAAUCCUGUCAAGAUCAUCACGGUGCCCUGGAAGUCUGCUCAGAACCAGCCGGGCCUUCAACCUGGUGCCGGUAUUGUCGAGGAUAAGACGGAGAGGGAGCCUCCUUCCUACCCGCUUGAUCCCUCGCAGGGGCAAGAUAUAGAUUCUGAAUACGUCAACUUUCCCAUCAGCUGGAAGAGACUCCAAUUCCGCAUCGCAACCGCAAACAAUGGCCGAAGGAAGGAGCUGCAACAGCAUUUUGUAAUACGCUUGAAGCUGUUGGCACACCUGGCAACAAACCAAAAGAUCUCGAUUUGCGAGAUCCAAUCUGGAGCCAUCAUCGUGCGAGGCCGCAGUCCACGAAACUUUCAAUCACGCAAAGAUAUGCCCAUCAGCGGUGGUACCUCGCGCAAGACUCAUCUCCCGCAACAACCCUCCCGAACACCGACGGGUGAUACUACGCAUGCCAUCCAAACCAAUGUCCACAACAACAACAACACCCCCACCACGAAACCCCCCGAGGCAUUACACCUUCCCUUUGACAUGAGCACCAACGGCCUACCCGUUUCGCCAGACUUCCUGGACUGGAAAUUCCCCGGCGGCGGUGCCAUGACCGCAAUGCCGCCCGACACACCCUCUGUACACAUGCCCAAUUUGGCCCCCUACGCGCAAUCGACCCCCGAAAUCUCCCGCCACACAACCUUGCAGCGUCCCACGGCCGCCCCGGCGCCCGUCUCCCUCUCCCUCACCGACGACGAACCCCCUAAGAAGAACCCCGAAUCUCCCUCCGAGCAAAGCCGGAAGCGAGCAACCCCCGCGCGCCCGUCCUCGUUCUCCCUCAAUCUGAUCAACAGCCCCGACGAGAGCGCUGAUUUGCUGUAUGAGUAUUUCCCCUUGGGCUUGGAUGAUUGGAUGCCACCCGUCGAUGCGGUGUAUCGGCCGCAUGUGGUGCAUCAUACGACGUUUCCGCAGGAUCCAAAGGCGUUGGCGGUAAAGAAUAAGAGUAAGAGAUAUUUCUCCGAUGUUUGA